UGGGGUCCGCCGGGGGCGGGGCGGGACGGGACAGGUGAGCGAGGUGGGGAGAGCGCAGGGGCGGGCAGAGCGAGGGGCCCCAGGAGUCCGGCCCCCAGCGGAGCGCACCGACCCGCCUGCUGCACCUGAGCCGAGCGGAGAGCGGUGAGGAGGAUGGGGAGCCCCGAGGAUGACCUGAUCGGCAUCCCCUUCCCGGAGCACAGCAGCGAGCUGCUAAGCAGCCUGAACGAGCAGCGCCAGCUCGGGGUGCUGUGCGACGUCACCAUCCGGAGCCAGGGGCUGGAGUACCGCACCCACCGGGCCGUGCUGGCCGGCUGCAGCCGCUACUUCAAGAAGCUGUUUGCGGGGCCGGGGCCAGGCCCGGGACAGGAGGUCUGCGAGCUGGACUUCGUGGGGCCCGAGGCACUGGGCGCGCUGCUGGAGUUCGCGUACACGGCCACGCUCACCAUCAGCAGCGCCAACAUGGGCGAGGUGCUGCAGGCUGCCCAGCUGCUGGAGAUCCCCUGCGUCAUCGCCGCCUGCGUGGAGAUCCUGCAGGGCAGUGGGCGGGAGGCGCCCGGGCCCGAUGACGGGGACUGCGAGCGGGCACGCCGCUACCUCGAGGCCUUUGCCACCCUGCCGGACGUGGCCGGGGCCCCCCUGCUCCCUGCCCGCCCGGCCCCCCGCCGCAGCAAGAAGACCCGCAAGUUCCUGCAGGCUCGAUCCUCCCGGCUCAAUCACCACGCCGAAGAGCCGGGCCCCGGCAGCCCCUUGCCCGAGCCUCGGGAGCCGUCUCCCCUGCUGCCCCCGGUGCCCGAGGGCCUGGCCCAGCCCUACGAGGGCUACGAGGCGGCUGAGGAGGAGGAGGAGCUGCCCCCGCACCCCUACCCCUACCCGUAUCCCUACCCCUACCAGCCAGCCCUGUCCCCCGAGGACGCCGGCUCCGACGAGGACCCCAUUGACCCUGACCUCAUGGCCUACCUGAGCUCCCUGCAGCAGGAGCCCCUGGCCCCCGGCCUGGACAGCCCCGACAAGCUGGUGCGCAAGCGUCGCUCCCAGAUGCCCCAGGAAUGCCCCGUCUGCCACAAGAUCAUCCAUGGCGCAGGCAAGCUGCCCCGGCACAUGCGCACCCACACCGGCGAGAAGCCGUUCGCCUGUGAGGUGUGCGGCGUCCGCUUCACCCGGAACGACAAGCUGAAGAUCCACAUGAGGAAGCACACGGGCGAGCGGCCCUACUCCUGCCAGCACUGCAGCGCCCGCUUCCUGCACAGCUACGACCUGAAGAACCACAUGCACCUGCACACGGGCGCCCGGCCCUACGAGUGCUACCUCUGCCACAAGGCCUUCGCCAAGGACGACCACCUGCAGCGCCACCUCAAGGGCCAGAACUGCCUGGAGGUGCGGACGCGCCGGCGCCGCCGCGAAGAGCCGCCCCCGCCCCCCGCCGGCCCCCAGGGCCUCGACCUGUCCAACGGGCGCCUGGAGAGCCUGCGCCUCUCGCUGGCCCGCUUCUGGGACCCGCCCCGCGCCCCCCCGCCCAAUGAGGACGAGGAGGAGGAGGAGGGGGAGGCAGAGGAGGGGCCGCAGCUGGACGGGGCCGUCCCCGUGGAGACGGCGUAGGGCCCUGCCCCAGGCGGGCGGGCGGCUGGAGGCACUAUCCCCAGGGCGGCCGCUGCCCUGGUGGGGGGCUGCUGCAGGCACAGCCCCAGCAGCUCCCGCGCCGGGGUUGGGAGCGGGCUGAGCAUGCGCUGGGCGGGGCGGAGGCCCUGCGCCCCCUGGGGAUAGUGCAUCACAGCGCCCCCAGCUGGAGCACACGGACCCUGCCCUGGCGGGAGUGGGCACAAGAAGCAAUAAGGACUGUCUGGGGCUUUCGGGCAUGUGGGUCUUGUGGGGGGAGGCAGGCGGGGCUGCCUGGGGAGUAUGUCCCAGCUCUCCUGGAGCAGGGGCUCUGGGCUGGGCCUCGUCCCCUUCUUGUCUCUCACUGCUCUUCACAGAGCUGGCAGAGGACUGGGAAACAAGACUCCUGGGUUCUGGGAGAGGAGGGGGAUUG